GCUCUCAGGCUCCAGGAGGCGGCGGCUCGCGCCCCGGCGCACGGUCGGGCGCCUCCGAGCCCAGGUCGUUGGGCCCCGAUCAGGGUCCCCGGCCGUGCGCAAGGCAACAUGUUGAGGCGCAGCAUGGAAAACCGGGACGCUCAAACCAGACAACUGCAAGAUGCUGUCACAAAUGUGGAGAAGCAUUUCGGAGAGCUGUGCCAAAUCUUUGCUGCUUAUGUGCGGAAAACUGCCAGACUGCGAGACAAAGCAGAUCUACUGGUGAAUGAAAUCAACGUGUAUGCCUCUACAGAGACCCCAAAUUUAAAGCAGGGCCUGAAAAACUUUGCUGAUGAGUUUGCCAAACUUCAGGAUUAUCGACAAGCAGAGGUUGAAAGACUUGAAGCCAAAGUAGUUGAACCUUUGAAAGCUUAUGGAACCAUUGUAAAAAUGAAACGAGAUGACCUCAAAGCAACAUUAACAGCAAGGAAUCGAGAAGCUAAACAGUUAACUCAGUUAGAAAGAACACGUCAGCGAAAUCCAUCGGAUCGACAUGUUAUUGCAGAAACUGAAUUGCAGAGAGCUACAAUGGAUGCUACCCGAACAACUCGUCAUCUGGAGGAAACUAUUGACAAUUUUGAAAAGCAGAAAAUAAAGGAUAUAAAGACUAUAUUUUCAGAAUUUAUCACUAUUGAAAUGUUAUUUCAUGGCAAAGCUUUAGAGGUCUACACUGCUGCCUACCAAAACAUACAAAAGAUUGAUGAAGAAGAAGAUUUGGAGGUUUUCCGAAAUUCUCUGUAUCCACCAGAUUAUGCAUCCCGUUUAGAUAUUGUAAGAGCAAAUUCAAAGUCACCUCUUCAAAGAUCACUCUCAGCUAAGUGUGUAUCUGGAACGGGACAGGUAUCUACCUGUCGACUAAGAAAGGAUCAACAGGCAGAUGAUGAUGAUGAAGAGGAUGAAGACUUAGAUGUUACAGAAGAAGAAAAUUAAUUUUCUUAAGUAAACUUCACCUUUCAGGUUUCAUCUUAAAUGACUUGGAAUCCAGAAUUACUACACUGUAAAACUUUAUACUGGCUUCAUACACAUUAAACCUCAAAAUGAAGUCCUACUGGAAAUGAAAAUUAAAGGAAAUUUGUGCUGACCAAAAAUGAAGGUUUUAAAAAAUAUUACACACCAGUCAUUUCAACAUCCUAUCCAACAGUAUGUGAUUUUUGUAUAGGUUACAUUUAAAAAAAAAUUAUGUAUUUCAAAAGUAUUUCCUAUUAAUGCACUAUACAUAGUUGUGGUUGCAGUAUAAGUAGAUGACAAAAAAACAAGAGAUCUAACAAUUUGACUUGCUUCUUUUGCUUUCAUUGCCAAAAAAGGGUCUUUAGUCAUUCUGAUUAAAUACAAAUUCUAUUCCAUAAAGCCUUAAAAAAAAGACAAGGGUUUUUUUUCCUUUCCUUUUUUUCACUUUUACUACAACCUUAAGUUUCAUUGCUUUUGAUAAUUUACUUUUCAACAAGACUGUUAUUUCUUCUGAUUAAAGGUAAUGGGACACUAAAGUAUCAGUGUCUUAAAUUUUAGAUUAAAAUUUAGCGUAAAUUUUAGAUUCAAAAAGAAAGUUACACUCAGCCUGAUUCUGGUUUUAAAAUGAAAAUGAUUAUCAUACUAAGGAAUUAUCCACAAAAUUACAACUUUUGGAAAGCUGUAAUUUGGUGGAAUGUUGCCUAAGAAAACAUCAUGGAGGGCGCCUGGGUGGCUCAGUCGGUUAAGCGUCUGUCUGCCUUAGGCUCAGGUCAUGAUCCCAGGGUGCUGGGAUCGAGUCCCACAUCGGGCUCCUUGCACGGCAGGGAGUCUGCUCCCCUCUCUCUCUGCCCUUCCUCCCUGCUGGUGCUGUCUCUCAAAUAAAAUCUUAAAAAAAAAAAAAGACAAAAGGAUUACUAUACAUAAUACUUUAAGCAAUGUAAAAUUAAGUUUCUUUUAGACCAGACUUAGGUUGGCAAACUUAAAGGGCUAGAGUAAAUAUUUUUAUAAUUUGUGGGCUGAGAAACGAAAUCAAGGCUAGUAACAUAGGUACUUAUGCCCUAGGUGGGUGGGGUGGGGUGGGGUGGGGUGAAGGACCACCCUGCCCUAGGUGGGUGGGGUGGGUGUCUUUAUGAUAAUCACCUGUGACCAACAAAGAAUAACUGAGACCUAAAAAGGAAGUAAGCCAUUGAAGGUGUUAUCAAUAGAGAUGUUAAAAGGUUUUAAGUGCCCUGGUUAGCUUUCUAUAAAAGACCAACCCUAAAGACCCUCAUCAGCAACCCUGUUGGGACCCCUCUCACUUGAGAGCUUUUUCUGUAUCUUCACUUAAUAAACUUCUAUCGCUUUUCUCACGCACAUACACAUAAAAAUGUAACCAUCUUUAAAAAUGUAAAAACCUUUCAGCUUCCUUGUAAAAAAAAAAAAAAGGUAACCUGACCAGUUACUUAGCCUAUAGGCCUCCAUUUCUUAUCUCCAAAAUAGGUUUAAGUUUAUUAGGGUUAUUGAGAAUAAAUGAUAUCGUUAAUUCAUAAUUAUAGAUCAUAAAUAUAUGGUAUCUAAUGCAGCUCAGUAAUAACUAACAUUUAAUACAAAGAUGGAGGUAAUGGGGUCACUGCCUAAUAGGUGAUAGGUGAACCAAGAGCCACUGCUCUAGCCACUGCUUAUUCUAAGUGAUAAAGUGUACUCCCAAUAUAAUGAUUCUUAA